UGUUUCCUUGUACCAAAAACCAGGCUCGGUUCCGAAUCGUACAAGUUAAACCCCUGGGCAACACACACUCACACAAAAAUCAAUCUGCAAAAUUAAGCUCCCGCAAAAACUUUUUCCAUAUGGUGAAAACCGACAGGUCAGGAUAAGAAAACAUAAUAUAAGCCGAAGAGGUGUUCUCUUUCCACCACUGAAAACUCCAAACUACCCUACAUUCCUGGGGCCCCGACAAUUAUGCCAUCACAAUUGCAGCAAACUUUUACAUAGGACAAGUACGUUCCUUGCUAUUUUUCAAAACAGGCAAGCUGCAUGCAAACUGACAGAAGAUAGAAUAAAAGCGCUUUCAUAAACACUUCCGGUGCAAUGCGUGGUAGUUUUCAAAUUAACGCCCACAGCCUUAACCCUGUAUAUAUGCAUGCGAAGCUGAGAGAUUUUGCUUUUUGCGGCUAGACUGGGAUGGACGGUGUAAUGAAUCAACACCAGCUUUGUUUAGUGAAAUGCGUUUUGUUUUCUUUGCCACUUCUCAUGAUCCAAGGUGCCCCAACGUUGAUUGAUAGGGGAAGUCAUGAACCACAAACAGGUUCCCUGGAAAUAAAAUGGGGCACGAGUUCACCGAAUAAAAUAUUUGAAGGCAAACUAAUGAACCUGGGAUGCCAUUUCUCGGGAUGGCCUCUCCCUCACGAGGUCCAUUGGUACAAGGAUGGAGAACUAAUCACAAACGGAACAGAAGGUAUUUAUCACUCAGAGGACGAGAAAGAGCAGAAUGGAGAGACAACUCUCCGGAGCACACUUCAUCUUCCGUCGGGACAUGAGGAGCAGGAAGGAUUCUACAAUUGCAGUGCAAGCAACAGUAUUCGAAGCACCUCUUAUGAGAUACAGAUGAUAUAUCAAUGUAACUAAAACUAUUUAUUUCUUGCAAAGUUAACAAUGUUUCUCGUCAAUAACAAUCUCGCUAUUAUCUCCUGACUGGGUCUCUGAAGGAGCAGCAUAAAUUUUCAAAUUUUGUAAUUCAAGUACGCCGAUAGCCUCGAAGCCUGAACUUCCAACUAAAGGUGACCAAAUGAUAGGAAGGGACAAUGAAAUAGUGUUUAAUAAAGAUUUAUUUUCAUUCAAGAUAAAG